CUCUCUCUUCCCAACCUAACCUCGACCCGUUCUCCCUCUUGCCUUCCUCUUCUUCCCUCCCCUCCUCCACCUUUCCCCUCCCAUCUGUCAUUAGCUGGUAUAUAAGAGCAUUGCAUCCCUCUCUACCUCUCUCACACACAAACAGUGUGUUUGCUGGGAAGGGGAUAGAACAGGGGAAACUAGGGAUUACUUUGUCAACCUGCCUGUGAAGGACUUAUUUUCCUCUCUGGAAUUUUCACUGAAGAGAUCUUGGAACAACAUCCGAAAGGGAAUCCUUGCCAAAUUCUUACCAAUCAUCAAGACACACUGACAUCAUCUUUGUUACUUGAUCUGCAACAUACUUUCCUGCUGUCAAAAUCAUCACUUCAUCGUCAGUGAUAUCAACGCAGAACGCAUUUAACAUCAUCGAAGCAGACCAUGAGCAGCUACAGCGUCACUCUCUUAGGCCCCGCCCCCUGGGGCUUCAGACUGCAGGGAGGGAAGGACUUCAACCUGCCCCUCACCAUCUCCAGGCUGACGGAUGGUGGGAAGGCGGCUAAAGGGGGCAUUGGUAUUGGAGACAUGGUUCUGUCUAUUGAUGGCAUCGCCACAGAGGGCAUGAAUCACCUGGAGGCCCAGAACAAGAUCAAGAGCUGCAGUGGCAACCUCAGCCUCAAACUGCAGAAACACCCCGCAUACAGGCAGAUGUUCACUGUUGUUGUUGGAGUUAAUCUAACACCCAGUAACACCAUUAGUUCGGCCUCAUCUCCCGUUCCCCGAAGAAAAAAGGAAUAACUGAAGUCACAGCGAGAGCAUCACACAUGUGG